CCGUAGACUGUAGCUGGUUCUAUGCCGCGAGUUGCGACGCCUCUUGUCGCCUGAGAGGUAUCUAUUCAUGGCGGCGCGGCGGAUGACUUAUCCGCCCGAUGCCCUACUGCUCGCCGCGUUCCCCGAACAACCUCCCGGAAUAGGGCCUGUUAACGACCGACGUACGGUGCAGCACUAGAUUCGCCAGGGACUAAGCAGCAUAGUUGACAGCAUCAUGAGCAGCGCGUUCGCGAGCUAAGAGCAACGCCUCUGCGAGCUAAACGUGUUCUGUUGUCCUCCGAGGUUACUUGCCGUAGGGUAAGGCCAUUAAGUAGGUCUCUGGCCCUCGCACCAGGAUAAAUACCAUUCGCGAGUGACGGACAGUCGCGACCGCAUGUUGGUUCCUUGGCGUCGGUUGGCUCCCAUUCCCCCCGAGACCAUUUUUGAGGCGCCUCAAAAAUAGACUCCUUGGCGUCGGUUGGCUCCCAUUCCCCCCGUGACCUAGAGGCCUGGCGUCACAGAUUCGCGGCGAUUUAAAGCAUUCACACAGACGACUUACACCCCCCUAGGGAAUUCAGAUUCCGUCAGCGCCAGCAAUGUCAUACCCGGGCCGCCAUAGUUCCGAUCGAGGCGACUCGGCGGGCAGUCCAACCGACGCGCACAGCACCAGCUGGACCAAUGGCGCGGGAUCCGCGCUGCUGCCACGUGUACGCACACGUGGCAGCCCCGCGGAGGCUACAGCACCGAGCAAAUCGUUAUCCGCGAGCGACCACGUGGCACCGCUCCCAUCGUCCCCCGUGGCAGGAGAUCCCCCAUUCAAGAGCACCGAGUCGGACGUGAACGCUCCUCCACCUGACCAUCCUCCUCGGAAUAGCGCUGAUCCACUCCCGCCCACUCGCGCUCCUAAUCUACCCACUCGCGCUCCUGAUCUACCCACUCGCGCCCAUACCAUGAACGACGCUCUUACCUCGUCUGCUCUCCCCGCCUCUACCCUCCCUCCCUCCGCUCUCGCGUCGUCCGCGAAUCACGUUCAUGCCGUCCAAUCCGCGCCGACCGACCUUGCCUUGGAAUCCGGGAAACGCGGGAAGCCACGUAGGCAUGUCCCCGGCCAGAUGACGCCUCUCGCGGCGCUCCUCGGGUCGCCGCAAACUGCGGGGAUCGCGCUCUCGGGUCCCGACGCGUCGCCUCCCCCCAUGCUACUCCCCUCCCCGCCGGUUUCCCCCGCUGGGGAGUCCGCGCUCCCUGAUUCCGCCUUCGCGGAAGGGGGGUUACCCCGCGGGGGGUCGUGGCGGGUCUCUGAAGCUGGCGGCCGGGCGGGGGGAAGCGGAGCGGGGGGGACGGGCGGAAGGGGAGUGGACUCCGCGCAAGAGGUGGUAGCAGUGGCGGGCGCGAGGGGGACGGAAGGGGAAGCGGGGGGAGCGGAGAGGGAAGUUGGGGAGGCGGGGUGUUUCUAUGAAUCGGUGCGCGUGCCCCGUGACGUGGUGCGCGUGUGGCAGGACUGCUGGCGUGGCGCGUGGCAGGCUGACGUGGAGAUCCGAUCCGCCGUGGAUGGCGGGCUGGUGCUGGCGCAGGGCGCAGUGCUGGCCGCCCAUUCCCAGGGCCUUGAGCGCAUGUUGGCAGGGGCGAUGCUGCGGCAGGCGCGGCCGCCAUGGGUGAUAGUGGUGAGGGGCGUGCCGGUGGAGGCGAUCAGAGGCGUGGUCCAAGCGCUUUACUGUGGCACCAUGGACGACGCGUUAAUGGACCGCCACAUCUUCCACCUGCUCCUACUCGGCCACUCUCUCCCCAUCCCCCUCCUCAAGUCCCUCUGCCUCGAAGCCCUCCGCUCCCGCCUCCUCUCCCCGGCCAAUGCCGUCGACACACUUGUCCUCGCGCGGCUGGUCGGCUCGCGCGCGCUGCAGGCGCUGACUCAGCAGUACAUUGUGCGGCACCACGCUGAUGUGGCGCUGACGGACGCAUGGGCCAUGCUGAGUCAGGAGUAUCCGGACGUGAAAGGGAUGCUGGAGGAGAUGGUGGAAGCGAGGAGGAGGCGCAACACCAGCUGGCAGGGCGAGGAGGGAUGGGCGCGGCAGCAGGUGCAGCAGGCAGUGCGCGCCCUGGAGCACAUCUGCAACGACGGUAGCUGUGCCUCCGCAUCCGCAUCCGCCUCCGCCUCCGCCUCCGCCUCCUCUCCCCCUCCCGCUGCCCCCCCCGCUGUGCCCCCCUCUGCCUCUGCUGUGGAGGGUGAGGGAGUGAGGGCGGGGAGGGGGGAAGGAGAAGAUGGUGCAGAGGGAGGAGGAGCAGCAGAAGUGACAGACGGGGAGGAGAGAAGCCCAGAUGGUGCUGGUACUGCUGCUGCUGCAGACACUCCAGGUCAACAAGGCCAAACAGGUCAAACAAGCCAAAUGGACCCACACACUCUCCCCUCUGCGAGCGCACUCGCGCCCACGCUCUCCUCCCUCUCCUCCUCUCAAUACCAGGGCGGCAGUGGUACCCUCUCCACCCUAUCCUCCUCCUCCUCCCUCCUCUCUGUCCACCCCAUGUCCCCCCCAACUCCCGCCACCCCUGCCGCUCCCCCCACCCCCUGCGGCCUGCCUAAGUGCCGGCCGGUGGAGGGGUUGAUCCGGCACUUUGCUAAGUGCGGCGUGAAGGUGUCGGGCGGGUGUGCGAGCUGCAAGGUGGUGUGGCAGCUGCUGGAGCAGCACUCAACCGCGUGUGAGAAGCAGAGGGGGUGCCGCGUGCCACUGUGCAGGCAAUUCAAGAGCAAGCAGCACCAAGAGCACGGCACCGGGAUUAAGGGCAAGGAGAAGCUUCCAGCAGCAGAGAAUGCAGAGCAAGUGACAGCGCUAGCUAAGGCACUCGUGGCCCUGGAGCAUGCCUAGGGCGGUAGAAGUAGGGUGGGGGGAGUGGAGGCAAGGAGAGAGCGUCAGCAGCAGCAGCAGAGUGUGCAGAGCAACGGACUGCGCCAAGGCACUCCUGGCUCUAGAGCAUGCCUAGGCCUCAUAAAACCAGGGUGGGAGGGGUGGGUGUGGGGGUGGAGGCAAGAAGAAGGUGCCAGCAGCAGCAGUAGCACCAGUAGAGCAUGCAGCGCAAGCCACAGCGCUAGCCGAGCCUCUGGUUCCAGAGCAUUCCAAGGCCUUAUAGGAGCAAGAUGGGAGACUGGAUGUUAGGGGAAGGGGGGCACAGCAGCAGCAGCAGCAGGUGGUGCAGAGCAGGUGACAGCGUUAGCCGAGGCACUCUUGGCUCUAGAGCUUGCCUAUGCUCAAUGGAAGCAAUGUGCGGGACUGGAGGAAAUUCGAAGGCAGCCCUCCCAAGCUGACUUGAUUCCUUCCUUCUCCUUCCAGCCACUCCGCCUCCCUCCCUGUAUCAUCCACGACCGUCCAUUACACAUGGACCAACCAAGCCGUUGAAUUAUACCCACCCAUCGCCUUGACUCAAAGCAAGUCUGAUUAAUCACUGUUGCACGAAGACUGAAGGUGACAAUAUUUGCUACAGCCAAGAGUGUGGCAAGGAAACUUGGUAGAAUUUCCCAUGCUACAAGCAACUUACCUGUGUAAACUGUCCAUGCAAGCGAAGGUGUGGAAGCGAGAUGGAGGUACAUAAAGAGUAUGAAUGUAUGGUAUGUGUAGCUCAUGUCCACCUCGCACAUGGAGAGAGAAGGAUGAGAGCACUGUUUCCCAGAAUGGGCCACGAUUGAUUAGGCCUGCCCAAUGUUGUGGCAUAAUAUUGACGUGUUGGAC